AUGGCAUCCAGAUUCCACCAACGCGACAACAACCGCUCCUCCCUCUUCUCAGGCUACGAUCAACGAUCCCGUCCAACCUCUACAUCGCCAAACCCGUAUACUGCAAGCAACGGCUACAACAUUCCUUCAUCUUCCAACAACACAUUCGCAGCAUACCCAGGCAACAAUGCACAACUAGGCACAGAAAGAGCUAGUUCGGGCGCAAGCUUCCGCUCCGCGACACCGGAUAAAAGGGGUGCUUAUAGCGAUGCCGUACUCUCUGAACUCGAAAGUCAAAAUGACGAGCAGGUCUCUGAGAUGAGCAAAAAGGUUGGCAUGUUGAAGGAUCUUACAAUGAGAAUUGGCGACGAAAUUCGCGAUUCGACUGCUUUGGCGGAAAAGAUGAAUGAUCAGUUUUCGAAUACGAGUAAUAAGCUCAAGGGAACUAUGAAUCGUAUGUUGCGCAUGGCGCAGAGUACUGGUGUGGGAUGGAAGGUGUGGCUCAUCUUCUUUGCCUUUGUCAUUGCUCUGUUCUGGUAUGUCUGGCUGUUCUAG